GGGUGGGGGGGGGUUUUACGUUGGGGGCAAGAAGAAGCAGCUUCCAGUGGCUUCCUCUAAUUGACAAAGUAAAUGCUAAUGUGAAGAUCUGGCCCGGGUUUGUCCAAUGAUCGACCCCGGCCCGCCGAGCAUGCCGGACAGUGGGGAGGAGGCGCAGUGCACCGUGUGCUGCUGCACCAUGGCGAACAAAAUCCUUUUGGUGGUCUUCCUGGUGCUGCUGAUCCUGGCCAUCCUCUUCGGCAACCUCCUGACCCUGGCGGUGAUCUUGGGCACCAAGCACUUCCGCACGCCGCAGGGCUACCUGAAAGCCUCGCUGGCCGCGGCCGACCUUGCGGUGGGUGCCUUCGUGGUGCCGGUGUCCGUCUACGCCGAAGUCUACCUCAUGGCCGGCGAAUCUGCGCCGCGGUGGGUAGUUCACAACUCGCAGUCGGUGAGUUUCCACCCUUGUUCCGUCAUCGGGCCCAUCUUUGCGGGGUGCACGCUGGUGUCCAUCACCACCAUCUUCCUGAUGACGAUAGAGCGUAGCAUCGCCGUGCUGAGGCCACUGCAUAAGGACUCGGUGAUCACGCGCAAACGGACCAGCAUCCUCAUUGUGCUCUCUUGGCUGGGGAGCUUCUUCCUAGCGGUGUCGCCCUUGGUGUUCAGUCGAAAGAUUGUCCUGGAGUACAACACCUGCAGCCGCAUGUGCAACUAUGGGCUGGGAACCAUCGGCGAGUUCCCUUCGCAGGCCUGGAACAUCCUGCUGAUCUUCCCGGCCUUCGACUUCACCCUGCUGGGCGGCACGGUGGCCAUCAACAUCAUCUCGCUGUCCAGCAUUCGGCAGCACUCCAAGCGCAGGAAGCACCUGGCGGAGGCCGAAUGCCAGAAAGCAAGCAAGCCCACCUUCUCCGACAUCAAAGCGGCCAAGACCAUCGGGACACUGACGGUGGCCUUUACCGCCUCCUUCACACCCAUUGCGGUCUUCCUGGUGGGUUACGUUCUGGGCAACGAGUGGUGCAACUUCUCCUUCUUUGCCUUCUGGAUUUUGACCACCAAUAGCUGCUGCAACGUAAUCAUUUACAGCGUGCGUGAUCACAAGUUCAGGCUGUGCGCGCAGAAGUUGCUGCUGAGAAACGGCAACAACAGCUGUAGACAGACUUGAGGUUUUUUUUCUUUUAUUUUCUACUCGUCUGUCAUGUGGCCUGCUCAAUGUGACGUCUUGAAAAUGACACAAGUGCGGCUUUUCAUAUGGUGGCUUUGAGCGGUUUGUUGGAUGUUCGGCAAAUAUGUUGAUGGUUGGGUUUAACUUUUCUUUGACCUAACCUCGCCCUAUCCUGGGUCCAUUACUUAACUCCCCUUUACCUCAAUGAAAGAACUUUUACCCAACCCAUUAUCCUUCUCCUUUCCUAACGCCAACGCAAGCUAGCAUCCCCAUUCCUUGCUAACCCUAACCAAUAUCCUGCG